UUGGAAUCCCGGAUUUUGACAGCCUCCCGCUCUACUCAAUCAAAGUUACAGUAGCUGGGGUCGUCAUUCGCCAGAAUUCCGCAGUGCACUGAACUCCUAAAUAUUCGCGUGGAAAACUUUUGGAGCUUUGAACAGCACAUCUGAAAUGUCGAAACCAGCUAUUGGAUACUGGAAUGUCCGUGGGCUCGCUGAAGGCAUCUUAUACUUGUUGAACUACACUAAGACCGACUACGAACUAGUGGAAUACGUUACUGGAGAUGGUCCAGACUAUAACAAGGAUGGCUGGCUUUCUGUAAAGGAAAAACUUGGUCUUCCAUUCCCAAAUUUACCUUACUACGUUGAAGGAGAUUUGAAGUUUACCCAAAGUCUAGCAAUAAUGCGACACAUCGCAAGCAAACAUGAUCUUUGUGGAAAAACCGUAGAACAAAGAGCGUUCUGUGAUUGCCUUAGUCUAGAAUCUUUAGAUUUCAUCCUGGGUUUUGUCAAGGCAACCUACUUCUGCCAGAAUUUUGACGAAGAUAUCAAAGUAUACUUGAAGAACAUUCGCACCAACGUCAAAAGAUUUGCUAACUAUCUGGGAGAGAAACCUUACAUGACAGGCCAGGAUAUCACUUUCGCUGACUUCAUGUUCUGGGAAGCCAUGGACCAGCUUCGUACUCUUGACCCUACUGUCUUUGAUGAGCAUCCAAACCUCAAGAACUACAUGAAAAGGAUAGCAGAAUUGCCUGGAAUGAAAGAAUAUCUAUCUUUUCAAGAGUCAAGUGCUCGUCCAAUCAGCAACAAGAUGGCCAAAUGGGGAACCAAGUUCAUUGCCAGGCCUAGCAACUAAGAACAAGAGCGAGAAACAGCCGAACGCAAUUCGUGUUUAUUGACUGCAUUCUUGAUGGAUAUAAAACGAUCAUGGUUCAUAAACCCUUUUCAAGUGAUUAUCUUAAUACGAGGUUAACCAGUAAAUACAAAACGAAGUGGCACAAAUUUAUCAAGUGUGAUUUAUUUUAUAUGUCGUUAGCUUCACAUUCAAAAUAAUUUUGAAAGGGUUACCUCUUGAUUAUUCAUCACUAUUUUUAAUUAUUAAUAUGUUAUUCUUCGAUUGCACGUUACGUCAUCGCGGCCAUGUUGGUGCCAUUUAACAAAAGAUUUCUCAUGAGCAUCCAUUGUUAACGGCACCACAAUGGACGCCAUGCUUUUGUCUUUUGACUCUCUUGAGAAUGCUUGCAACCGAUCAAUUGAUGAUAUAAUUAAACAUUUGCCCAAA